AUGUCUACUAACAAGAUUUCCUUCUUAUUGAAUUGGCAACCAGCCCCAUACCAUAUUCCAAUUUACUUAGCUCAAACUAAGGGCUACUUCAAGGAACAAAACUUGGAUAUGGCAAUCUUGGAACCAACGAAUCCAUCGGAUGUUACCGAAUUGAUUGGUUCUGGUAAGGUCGACAUGGGUUUGAAAGCUAUGAUCCAUACUUUGGCAGCCAAGGCUCGUGGUUUCCCAGUUACUUCCGUUGCAUCCUUGUUGGAUGAACCAUUUACCGGUUUGUUAUACUUGCAAGGUAGUGGUAUUACUGAGGACUUCAAGUCUUUGAAGGGUAAGAAGAUCGGUUACGUUGGUGAAUUCGGUAAGAUCCAAUUGGACGAAUUGACUAAGCACUACGGCAUGGUACCAGAAGACUACACCGCUAUUAGAUGUGGUAUGAACGUUGCCAAAUAUAUUAUCGAUGGUAAGGUCGAUGCUGGUAUUGGUAUCGAGUGUAUGCAACAAGUCCAAUUGGAAGAAUACUGUAAGCAGAGAGGUAGACCAGCUACUGAUGCUAAAAUGCUAAGAAUUGACAAGUUGGCUUGUUUGGGUUGUUGUUGUUUCUGUACCAUCUUGUACAUCUGCAACGAUGAAUUCUUAAAGAAGAACCCAGAGAAGGUUAAAAGAUUCUUGAAAGCUAUCAAGAAAGCUACUGACUACGUUUUGGCCAACCCAGAAGAAGCUUGGAAUGAGUACAUUGACUUCAAACCUGAAUUGAAGAAUGAUUUGUCUUUCAAACAAUUCCAAAGAUGUUAUGCCUACUUUUCCUCAUCUUUGUACAAUGUUCACCGUGACUGGAAAAAGGUUACUGGAUAUGGUAAGAGAUUGGAAAUCCUUCCACCUGAUUACGUUGCUAACUACACUAAUGAGUAUUUGUCUUGGGCAGAACCAGAAGAGGUCUCUGAUCCAUUAGAAGCCCAAAGAUUGAUGGCUAUUCACCAAGAGUCAUGCAGAGAUUGCGGUGGUUUCAAGAGAUUGGCUUUGCCAGCUUAA